AUGGCGGCUGCUCCUCGUCUCCCCGUCCGAGCGGUGAACCUCGGCGGGUGGCUGGUGACGGAGGGCUGGAUCCUGCCGUCUCUCUUCGACGGCAUCCCCAACCACGAUCUCCUGGACGGCACGCAGCUGCAGUUCAAGUCGGUAACGCAGAACGCCUACGUGGCCGCGGAGAAUGGCGGCGGUGCGGGGCUGGUGGAGAACCGGCCUCAGGCGUCUGGUUGGGAGACCUUCAAGCUGUGGCGGAUCAACGAGGUGACAUUCAAUUUCAAAGUGUUUGGCAACCAGUUCGUGGGCGUCCAGAGCGACGGCUCGCUGGUCGCGACGGCGGCUGUGCCGAGGCGGCCAGAGAGGUUCCGGCUAGUUCGCAGCCCCAGCGACCAGUACAGGAUGCGGAUCAUGGCGCCGAACGGACUCUUCUUGGAGCUCUGCACUACUCGUACUAUAUUUGCCAACUGGGCAACAAGUGGCUGCUCGCAAGCAAGGAAGUCUAAAGAGAUGGUGUUGGAGGUGCCUUGCGGAUUGCUUGUCGAGCCUGUUUCUUCUGCUCGGAAACCUGUUGUUGUGUAUUUGUUGCUCUGUGCUUGGGAUAUUGCUAUUGAUAUUUUGCUCGUCCGUUUCCUCUUCAGCAUGGUUGCUGUUGUUCCAUCAUUGGAGUAG